AUGGUCAUGCCCGAAUUUAAACGCGUGGAUCGUUUCAUCUGGGGAUUAGUACCCCAGAUCAUGAGCAUGGUAACGACUUCGAAGCCUCUAACGAUUACUAAAGCCAUUGAUCUCAGCGUGGCACUUACAGAAGAAGCCAUCAGAUUUAACAAGUUUUCAAUUUCUGAACCGAAGAAGAAGGAGACACAUGUCGAAUCAUCAGGAGAAAACAAGAGAAAAGUCUCGAACUUUAAGAAAAGUACUGGCAGUGCCAGCAAGAGGAGGGAUACAAACCCGCCAGCUGAGGUAAAGACUGGCAGUGAACAAAAAGGGAAAGGAUACAUGGGCACUCUGCCCAAGUGUGAUUUAUGCCAACAUCAUCAUGCUGGCCGGUGCAGACUUAGCAAAUGUGAAUCCUGUGGAAGGAUGGGUCACUCAAAAGACACUUGCUGGGCUGGUACUGGCCGUGGUGGCCAAAAAGGAUCUGGUAACAACAACCGGGGAGGUAACGGAAAUGGGAACCGCAAUGGCAGAAAUGGUAAUCGCGGUAACUUUGGGAAUCAAGCAAGAAAUGGUAACCACAAUCAAAACAACAAUCAAGGCGGUAAUGGAGAUGGUAACGGUCGAGGACCGGGAUGCUUUAACUAUGGAGACAUCGGGCACUUCAAGCGUGAAUGCCCAAAACUCAAUCAAGCUCUUGGAAGGACAGACGGAUAG